CGGCUGAAAACCACAUUCAAGAUGUCGGCUUCCGGUUUUCCCGGCAGCGUCGUGCGCGGCCGCGGGGGCCACGCCCACUUCCGGCCCGCGUGCUAAGGCAUGGCUGCUUUAGGGACCUGGCUGUCCAGUGUCCGGAGGUUGCACUGCAGUGCGGCGGCUCGGGCCGGCGGCCAGUGGAGACUUCAGCAGGGGCUGGCUGCCAACCCUUCCGGCUAUGGGCCGCUCACGGAGCUUCCUGACUGGUCUUUCGCGGAUGGCCGCCCUGCUCCCCCAAUGAAAGGCCAGCUUCGAAGAAAAGCUCAAAGGGAAAAGCUUGCAGUGAGUGAGAAGAGUUGUACUGCUGACACAGGAAAUGGAUGCUGGAUUACAGGCAUGGAAGCUCAGGCAGCAGAAACUGGAGGAAGAAAGGAAGCAGAAAAAUCCUCUUAAACCUAAAGGGACUUUGCUGAAAAGCCCACUUCCAAAUAAAUAAAAAGCAGCUCCUGUCCA